AUGUUGAAACAAACUCUUGCACAAACAACAACAGGUAGACUAUCAACAAUAUCCACAAAGGUUAAAAAAAUUAAUCGUCAUUGUUAUUCUGGAAAAACAAUCAAACAAUCAAAUGAAAUUAUUCAUGUACGAAUUCGACCAUCAGACAAUCGAUCAAUCAAUGAUCAUAGCAAUAUACCUUCGACAAAUCGAAAUAUAACAACAAGUGGAUAUUUAUUUGAAAAUUUUCAAUCAAAGAAUGAGCUUUCUACAAUAUAUAAUAAUGAUCGAGAUUACAAUCGUAAACAAAGAAUCAUAACUAAUAGAUAUUUAUCAAUAUCUUCUAAAGUAGCUCCUCACAAGAAUUUGAUUAUUAAAAAUCAUUCUCAUCUAAAAACCAAUGAAUUAUCAUCAGAUCAAUAUAAUCUUACAAAAGAUCAUCAUAAAAAACCAGAAAAAAAUACAAAAAAAAAAUCUCGAACAUAUCGAUGUUUUAUUAUAUUUUCACUCGUUAGUAUUUUAUUAAUCGCUAUUACCAUUGCUAUAGUCUUGCCUAUUCUCUUGCUCAAGUCCGAAACAACGACAACUAAGACUGCAUCACUUCGUUGGAAUACAACGGGUAUUACUGUCGCUGGUAUUUCAGGUGUAGGGGGUCGUGCCAAUAAUCAGCUCAAUACGCCAUAUGAUGCAGUAGUAGAUUAUUCUUAUACACUUUAUGUUGUUGAUCAGGGUAAUAAUCGAGUGCAGAAAUACAUGAGGAACAACUCCGUCGGUACAACAAUCGCAGGCCUAGAAAAUGGAACAGCAGGCUCAUCUUCGAAUCAAUUAAACAGUCCCGCGAAUGUUUUAGUUGAUUUCAAUGGAAAUCUUUAUAUCACGGAUAUUUUGAAUAAUCGAGUUCAGUAUUGGCCAAAUGGUUCCUCUACAGGAACAACAAUAGCUGGUAACGCUACAGGUGUUGCUGGAAACUCAAAUAAUUUGUUAUACUCUCCGUACGGUAUGGCACGUGAUUUAAAUACAGGAACACUUUAUAUAGCAGACUAUGAUAAUCAUCGUAUAAUGUCAUAUGCAUCUGGUGCUUCUUCGGGUGUCGUGGUUGCUGGCGGUAAUGGAUCAGGAUUGAAUAAUACACAAUUAUAUAAUCCUAUUGGUCUUCACUUCGAUUCAUUGUCAAACAGUCUUCUUAUUGCUAAUUAUGGUUCCAACACCGUGGUACGUUGGGUAUUAGGUGAUAGUAAUUGGACAUUGUUAGCUGGUGACAGCAACGGAUUGUCAGGAAACACAUCAACAUUGUUACGUAAUCCGAGAGAUGUGACCUUAGAUCCUAUGGGUAACAUGUACAUUCUUGAUAGAAGCAAUCAUCGUGUACAACUAUACAUGGCUGGUGAAUCUGUUGGUAAAACAAUUGCUGGGGUUUCAGGUAUUUAUGGAAACGAUCCUAAUUUAUUGAAUACUCCCCGAUCUGUGGAACUUGAUAGUCAACUCAAUUUAUAUAUAUCAGAUAGAUCAAAUCACCGUAUACAAAAAUUUGUUCGUUAUUAG